CACACGUGGCGGCCAACCCCAGCACCGUUAUAUCGUUGCUGCUGCUACUGCUGCAGCUUCUGACACCGUCACCGCCACGUGUUUCCCUUCCCUCCACAUCGCUUGAUCUCAUCUCGCGGCAGACAUCAGGGACGAUUGCAGCAGCAUAAAGCGACGACAGCACAACGCGGCGGGGGCAGCAGCAAGCCGGAGUUACAUUGGACAGCACGCGGCACAAUGCAGACCGCUUCGGGCAUUUCGCGCCGGCCAGCGCUGGGCAAGCAGCUGCUGCGGUCCAUGUCGCAGACCCUGGGUCCCGGCUGUGGUCGGGCGGCAGUCGGCCUCGGGUUGGGGAGGUUCUCGUGCCGACGCAGCGUGGCCACGAGCCCGCGGCUGGAGCUCGGCAAGCCCGAGCCGUCGCCUCUGAGCCUCGCAACGCAGCAUCCCAGCUCGGCAGCACGGCCACGCGAGACGAAGAGGGGAACACGUCUUUUGCCCAAGCUGGAAGACCUGCUGUUCGACACCAUCGCAGAGGGACAGGACAAGAUACCCAUCGUGAAGUUCAUCACCGCCCUCAAGGCCACCGGGCUGCGUCCGUCGGACCCGCGCCUGCGAGACUCCAUGACGACGCUGCGCAAAGCGGUGAAGACGGCGUCCGAAGGGGUCACCCUGGACAAGGAGCUCUUCCGGAGGUGCGUGGGCAGCAACAUCGUGCUGCUCACGCAGGCGUUCCGCCGCAAGUUCGUCAUCCCCGACUUUGAGAACUUCACGGCGCAGGUGGACAACAUCCACGAGAACGCGCGGGCGCUCACCUGGGGCAAGGUUGCUGACUAUAUUCCACAACUUGCAAAGUUCAGCAAGGACCUUUGGGGUGUCUCCAUCUGCACUGUGGAUGGGCAGAGGCACUCGGCGGGCGACACAAAGUUGCCCUUCUGCCUGCAGUCGUGCGUGAAGCCUCUCGUCUACUCUGUGGCUGCCAACGAGCUGGGCACGCAGCACGUGCACCGAUACGUGGGCAAGGAGCCGAGCGGACUGCGCUUCAACACCCUCUCGCUCAACGAGGACAACAAACCCCACAACCCCAUGGUCAACUCGGGCUCCAUCGUCAUCACGUCCCUCAUCAAGCAAGGAGCCAGCACAGCAGAGAAGUUUGACUACGUAACAGAGAACCUGGCCAGGAUGGCCGGACACGAAUACAUUGGCUUCAGCAAUGCCACAUUCCAGUCCGAGAGGCAGACUGGGGACCGCAACUUCGCCAUCGGCUACUAUUUAAGGGAGAUGCAGUGCUUUCCUGACAACACCGAUCUGACUGCCACCUUGGAUCUCUACUUCCAGCUGUGCUCCAUCGAGGUGACGUGCGAGUCGGGCUCCGUGAUGGCCGCCACGCUGGCCAACGGCGGCAUCUGCCCCAUCACGGGCGAGCGGCUGCUGAGCCCGGAGGCCGUGCGCAACACGCUGAGCCUCAUGCACUCGUGCGGCAUGUACGACUUCUCCGGCCAGUUCGCCUUCCACGUGGGGCUCCCGGCGAAGUCGGGCGUGGGAGGGGGCAUUCUCCUGGUGGUCCCCAACGUCAUGGGCAUCAUGUGCUGGUCCCCGCCGCUCGACAAACUCGGCAACAGCGUCCGGGGCAUCCACUUUAGCCAGGAGCUCGUGUCAAUGUUCAACUUCCACAACUACGACGACCUCAGGCACUUUGACAAGAAGCUGGACCCACGACGCGAGGGUAGGGAAGCUCAGGCUAAAACGGUGGUGAACGUCCUCUUCGCUGCCUACAGCGGGGAUGUGUCGGCGCUUCGAAGAUACGCCCUCUCGGCGAUGGACAUGGAGCACAGGGACUACGACUACAGGACGGCGCUGCACGUGGCGGCAGCAGAGGGGCACUUGGACGUGGUGCGGUUUCUCUUGGAGUGCUGCAACGUGAGUCCCACGCCCAGAGACAGGUGGGGUAACACGCCGAUGGCCGACGCCGUGCUCUUCGGACACUCGGAGGUGGCGCAGCUGCUCCGGGAGUACGAGCUCAAGUACGAGCUCGAGGAGAGCGUCGCCGACAAGGCCCGGGCCUUGCAGGGGAACCCACAGGACAUGGCCUAGCAGCUCCCGACCGCGAACGCUCGCGCAGAGCGAGGGGGUCCCUCGGGCCGACCGGGCCGCACUUGAGCUCCGCCUCCGACAAGAGACGGCUCGGGCUCAAUGUGGAAGCUCUGAGGCUGAGCAAGAGGGUGCCUGGGCUGUGAAUGUGGCCAUCAGACUGUGCUGAUGUCCAAGUUGUGGGCCCCCCUCCGGGCUGGGGCGGGUGGCUGUCAGUGUUAACGAGAAGGCUUGGUGCCGUGAUACGUCGAUGGAUGUUCGUCAUCGUCCGAGUGUGCAGUCUGUGAAGCGUAAUCUUAGGACUUUGCAAUUUUAAGCUUCCGUUGCAAAUGUGAAUUUCACUCCGACAGGCAUCCUGGGUUAAGAACAAGUAGCACACUAUAGGAUAAGUAUCAGGAACAUGGCUUGUCAUUAGGGGCAAGUGGCCCCACAGUAAUAUAUAUUAAAACAACUUUAGGAAUACCUAUCUGCACGUUAAUGUGCUAGUGGCACGUUAACGUUUUUGCACGAGAUAAAAUAACAUUUCGCAAAGGGGGGGUGGCUGCUCGCAAUUGGAAACUAAAACGACUGCGUAGCAGCUCCGCGGUGAGCAAGCGUGCGAAGCGAUCGUGAAGGACUGCUGCUGCUGCUACUGCUGCUGCUGCAGCUGCUGUUGCUGCAGCUGCUGCUACUGCUGCUGCAGGGCUGGCCCCUAGCAGCUGCCGUGCAGCGACGACGCUGGGCUCGGCAGCAGAGGUUGCAAACGGGUUUUGAUCCCUUACCCGUACCCGGCCGCACCAGGGUCGCAAAUGGGUACCCGUACCGGCCGGGUAUGGGUAGCCGUUCCCUACCCGUACCCUACCCUACCCGAAAUGAGUGACAAACGGCUACUCACCAGUGACUCACGGCUUACCCGUACCCGGCCGCACCAAGGUCGCAAACGGCUACCCGUACCCGGCCGGGUAUGGGUAGCCGGGUAUCGGGUAGGGUACGGGUAUCGGGUACCCGGUUGCGACCUCUGCUCGGCAGUCACAGGGCCAGGCCUGGCAGUCACAUGGCCAGGCCUGGCAGUCACAUGGCCAGGCCUGGCAGUCACAUGGCCAGGCCUGGCAGUCACAUGGCCAGGCCUGGCAGUCACAGGGCCAGGCCUGGCAGUCACAUGGCCAGGCCUGGCAGUCACAUGGCCAGGCCUGGCAGUCACAUGGCCAGGCCUGGCAGUCACAUGGCCAGGCCUGGCAGUCACAUGGCCAGGCCUGGCAGUGAGUGAAGGAGCCCGGGAGAGUCGGGGGCCCCUUCACUGCUGUGCCCUGCUGCAGCCACUACACCCCUUCCCCCAUAUCCCCCCAACUCUAUAGGCUGCCGUACAGCAACAGCUGUGGGCUCGCUAUUUUGGUUUCUUGUCGACCAGAGGAUUGACAAGGUGCAGGUGCACUCCGUGUGUGUGUGUGUCGUGGAGCCAGUCGUCUUUUGGUCAAGUAAAACAAAAACUGCUGAUUUCUUUCAGAGUCCACUGUUGUAAAUUGAGUUUCAGUUCUUCCUCACAUGCACUUGUUUUUACUCAUGAGUACUUAAGGACAUAAGAUAUAGUUAUGUAUAUACUGUACAUGAGUUAUUGUACAAAUGUUUUUAAUCACGUGUUUGUGUGAGCGGUUGGGCUAUGCAUGACGUAGCUAAACAUCCAGAUUUCAAGAGCCUUAUAGCCGAGCAAUUAAAAUUUUACUCUUUAAUACGAUUAAGGCCUUAGAUUACAUGCUAGUCACUUUUACCAAAGUCCAAAACCCAUUGGACACCUUUGGGCCCAGUGUUCCUGUGAGGCGGAUGGUGAGAAAAACCAAUGUCCUUGUUUAAGGUCCACUCAGAUUUCAACCAAAUUUGAAUUUGAUUUGAUUCAAUCAAUCUCAAGGUUUAGCAGUCAUCAAAGCCGAUGUAUUUGUUGUCACCUAUACCUUGCCAUCGCUUCUUUACUUCUGACAGAUCACACAGAUGUUACAAAGUCAACAGCCAAUUUCCAUGGUCCACUAUUAUUCUCAUGCCAUUUGGCUUGCAUUUUUCUUUUUGGGUUUCUGACAACUGGCUAUCCACUCCAGUGUCUGUAUCAGUAAUCGCCCUCCGCUGUCCAACAAUAUUACAAUGGUGGCAUUUUGUUUCAGAGUGUGUAUGCAUAGUUUCGUGCACUCACACUUGCAAAGAGUCAUCGGUUGAUUUCUUGCAGCUACCCUGUACAUUUUGCAGUGAAUGUUUGAAGCUUGGCUAAAUCUAUUACGUCUUGAUUUGAAGCUUUCGUGGCUGCAGAAAUCCAUACCCUCUGGUUCUUUUGGUAAAGUCACGUGGGUAGAAAAAAUAACAAAAGAAAACACGACGUUUCGGUCGCAACACAAGCGUCCGUCUUCAGGUGAAGGGUCCAUCUUCAGGUGAACACAAGUCUUCAGGUGAAGACGGACGCUUGUGUUGCGACUGAAACGUCUACGUGACUUUACCGAAAGAACCAGAGAGUAUAAAUCUAUUACUUCAAUACGUAUUUUUCUAAUUAUCGGAUGUAUUACUCCAUUAAUCAGUCAGCCCUGUGUCACGUGUACCGCUGGAAGGGAGGUGAUGAGCGCGUGCCUGGCGAGGAUCAUCUGAAUAAUGAGCCGUGCUGGGUGUGGCUUGUCGGGGGUUUCCCACCUUCAGGAGGCAGGAUGUUGGGGGUGGCCGCCAUUUUGAAAGGGGUCCAAGUAAUCGACGACAGAAAAGCAGUGCAUCACACUUCUUAUUUUCUGAAUACGUUUUUAUCAUUAAAUCGUCACAGCCCAAGGGGUUGCAAUCAACUGCCACCUUGUAUAAGUAUAUGGGUUUAUUGUGUUGGAAAUUUGUUCAAACCAUAAUAAGAUGGCCAUGAAAAUAUGUAAAGAAAAAAAACUGUAAUCCUUGAAUUCUGACAAGAGUUUUGACAUCGCUGCGAGUGAUGGCCUUGAUGGUAAAACUAGAGACUUGAUAUAUUUCUCAUGACGAGACCUAAAAACUAGAAAUUAGUGUUCUGAAGCACAUAACGCCUUAAUGUAUUUCAUCUUUAAUUGUUGUUAGGGUGGACAUUUUUCCCAUUUUAGUUUUGGAAAUUACACCUGGGGGUUGUGUGCAAGGGUUCCUCGGAACAUUUCUCAGUCGGGCAGCACAAUCGCCGGAGAAACAAAACCUUCUGAUGUAACGCAGCUGCUGUGCAUGUUGCUUGCCUGCAUCUGGGUCCGUCUCCAGGACCUCCACAGAUUGUAGCAGAUCGAUACUGGGCGAGCAAUUGGCUAACUUCCCUGUGGCAGAUGCCACGCCAUUUUCUGUGGCCAUAACGUUGCAUGAUGCAUUCGUUUUUUUUGGCACAAAUUAUUUACUCUUUAGGGUAUUUUCUUAAAAUUUUACUCCAAGCCUUGGGUGUCCUACUCUUGAAAACUAUUCUCUACACAUCUUGUGCCGGGUGUAAGCCACGUGUACAUAUUGCAUUUUGUUCCGAAGGUGAACACUGCUUUAUUUAAGGGAUGGUUACUUUCUGUACCAUGUUUUGUAUGUUGUUGAGUGUAAGAUGUGGAUGAAGCACACCAUCAAGGUGCUGCCUGCACUUCUGGCUGUGUUGGACUUGAAGCACAUUUUCAAUGAAGCAUUUUUUUGUUUGCCAAGUGCUGUUUGUGUGUUGUUUUCCCAGCGUGAAUUAAAGCACAUUUCUUCAUUGG